ACUCCCGUGCUUCCUGCCGGAGUCUCCGUUGAUAAACCAAGCCAUUGAUGGCCAGGCGAUGGCUCACGUCUGACGCGAGCGCGGCCCCUCCGUCGCAGCAUUCCGGGUGGGACGUGAACCGGUCGGUCGUGAAGGUCGCCAUCGUCGGCAACGUGGUCGUCGUGCUGCUCUUCUUCGUCGCCAUCGUCUGGCGUCUCUUCUUCUCGGGGAGAGCUCAAGAAGGCGCCACGGCUCCCGGCGGCGGUGGGGUGGUCAUUGCGCCCUCCUCCAGGGAGAGCUCGCCGUGCGCGUCGCCUCGGGCUAAAGGGCUCAGGAAGGAGGACCUCACGUCGCUGUCGGUGUACGUCCACCGCGCGUCGGCAGAGGACGGCGGCAAGGUGGAGUGCGCGGUGUGCAUCUGCGAGCUCAGAGACGGCGACACCGGCCGGCGCCUGCCGAGGUGCGGACACCGCUUCCACGCCGAGUGUGUCGACAGGUGGUUCCGCUCGCACGCUAUGUAUCCACUCUGCCGCGCUCUUGUGGCGGACGGCGGCUGAUCCGGUGAGGUCGACCCUCAUCGGUGAUCGAUAAGCACAAGUGAUUUUCUUGUUCAUGGUAACCUUUUGAUGAAACCAAUGUCGUUCGCUUUUUUUUUGAAAAGGGGGGACUCCCCGGCCUCUGCAUCAGAAAGAUGCAUACGGCCACAAUUAUAUAAAUAAAUAAGUUCAGCAGAGUCUAGCGGUCUGCUCCAAAAAGAGCUGGCUCACAAAGAGCAACAAAAGCAAAUAAGGCCCAAAAGUCACAACCGGCUGGCAAAAGAUGAAUAGGUAAACUAGUCGCCUAUCCGAUUACAUGACCGCCAUCCAAACCGGUUGAAGAUAUCCCGCGCUAUCAUCUCCCACCGAAGAGAUCCAGUAACCAAACGCUCUCUGGCCUCCGUCGGAGUGAGUAAGGACCACAUACGAAUUAGC